GCGUAACGACAUAUUUUCGAAAGUGUUUAAAGUACCAACACUCUACUUAAGUUUAAGUGGAAAAAAUGAAAAUUUCUAUAAAAUGUCUACUUUUGAUUAUUGCGGUUUUCUGCUUGAAAAACGUAUCAAGCCACAAUGACAGGAAGCAGUCUGGUUCUACACUAUUCGAGAUUCUACGUCAAUUAGAGCAAUUCCACGAAGCCAUUGGAAACGCAACGAAGAUUCUUAAAACCCAAGCCACAGCAGUUUUCGGAGAAAAUAGAGGUUCUGAUCCAGGGGCAUCUUCACACGGUGGUAAUUACGUACGUUGGGGUAAAACUGAGUGUCCAAAAGGCGUAACUACUGUCUAUCCAGGUGUUGCUGGAGGGUCAUUCUUCGACCAUUCAGGAGCCGCAUCCAAUUAUUUGUGUUUACCUCUUGAUCCGGACUGGACCAACAAAACUAAAAAUGACAACACGAAAAAUUCAAUGGGUGCCCAUGUAUAUGGAGCAGAGUAUGAGCUAGACGGUGUGAAUACCGGUUUCUUUGGCGGUAAAAUACAGCAGUAUCCAGACGAUGUUCCCUGUGCAGUUUGUGAGACAGAGAGACCGAACGUUCUGAUGAUACCCGGGAAGACCACAUGCUAUGAAGGCUGGAACGUUGAAUACACGGGAUACCUUUCCGCUGGACAUUAUGGUCAUAAAGCAGCAUCGGAAUUCAUAUGUCUUGAUGAAAAUCCAGAUGCAGCAGAUGGAAAUGAUGUUAACGAGAAUGGGAAACUGCUCUACUUAGCGGAAGCAAGGUGUGGUUCUUUACCAUGUCCGCCUUACGUUGAUGGAAGAAUAAUGUCAUGUGUUGUUUGCUCAAAGUAAUUAAGGAAAACUAAAACAUUUCUAGAUCAAUAUUCCUAGACUCUCGACGUUUCAAAAUCCUAAAACAUAAAUGUGUGAAAAAAGCAGGAUUUCAUUGGCAAAAGAUUUUACAUAGAUGGAAUUUUCAAAACUAUCUAUCUAAUUGUAUUGGAUCUCUGAAUCCACUGACAACACUUCUUAUAAUCAAAUCGUAUUAAUAAUAUAUAUUAUAGCAAAUAUCCUACUUUCAUGCA